AUGACGUCUCCUAUUGACGGCUCGCGCAUGUUGCCGGCGUUGACGGCGCGCGCGUCCUUCUCCCCCGUGCCUGUUACCUCCGCCGCAGCCGUCAAGAAAGGCGACAGGGAACAGCGCCAUGCCGGCGCUCGCGGAGUGCCGCUCGGUCGCCGCAUCUCUGCUGACUUCUCCGUGGAGCCUAGCCGUGCUCACCGCCGCGGUCCUCCGCUGGCACCCUCUGCCGGCGCUUCUGAGCGGACACCCCUGCUCACCGCCCCUCCCACAGGCGCCGUUGCACCCGCAUACAACGUCUCAAACGGCGUCGACAGCGACGACGUGUGUGACCACGAGGCCUUGGUCGUCCGACGCGCCAGUGUCGCCGGCGCCAAGGGCCGCUUCCACGGUCUGCCGGGCAUGAACAAGCCCGCGACCGUGUGGACUGAAUUUGGCGUGCUCGUCGCUUCCAGUUUCCCGCUGAGCAUGGGGCUUAUGCUUGAGAACGCUCUCAACACCAUCAACGUCUUCGUAUGCAGUAGGCUUGGCUCGGCCGAGCUCGCCGUUGCGGGCAACUCGAGUCUCUUUGUCAUGGUCACCGGCUAUCCGAUUCCGCUUGCUAUCGCCGCGGCUUUCACCACUCUCUCGGCACCCUUGUACGCUCAGCCUGAUGCACGCUACCACAUCGGCCACUGGCUUCAGCGCGCCACCAUCCUUUCGGUCCUGUUGUCCAUUCCUGUCAUGAUGCUCUGGUGGCACAUCUCGCCCUUCCUCCUUUGGCUCAAGCAGCCGCCCGAGCUCGUUGCUGGUAUGGAAACGUAUAUGCGCGCAUCGAUCGCCGUGCUCCCUGCCCUCGGCCUUGUCGAGACCAUGAAGUCGUACCUGCAGGUGCAAGGCAUCAUGACCCCGCCCCCGCUCAUCUUGCUCUGCCUCCUUCCCGUCCAUGCCAGCGUUGCCAUCUACCUUGUGCACUACACAACUCUGGGUGCACCUGGAGCUGCGCUCGCAACUGCUGUGACACUGACGAUUGCCGGGCUGCUCCUCGUGGCCCUCGCGUUGCGCACGCGGGCUCGCGAGUGCUGGGAUGGCCUCUCGAAGAAGGCCUUCUCCGACUGGUACACUGUCAUCCGGCUGGCUGUUCCUGGUGCUCUUAUGUUCGGAUCCGAACUGUGGGCGUUCCAGAUUAUUGCACUCCUCGCUGGCCGCCUUGGUAAGGUCGCUGUCGCUGCGCAGGCUGUUAUCUCGACCUUGGAUGCUCUCGUCGCCAUGGUCCCGUACGCAAUCUCGAUUGCCAUCGCGAACCGUGUUGGCAACCUCCUCGGACACGGUACGCGCGGCAUCCCGCGCGCCCGCAGAACCGUCGUGGCCGGCCUGUCUCUCGAGGUCCUUGUCGCUGGCUCGACGGGUCUCGCCGUCCUAAUCUUCCGGUACCAGCUCGCGCGCAUCAUGACGGACGACGAGGCUGUAGUGGAGGUGACGGCCCAGGCCGCCGUCUUCGUUGCCUCGUACCAGGUCUUCGACGGUUUACAGAACGUAGGUGCAGCGUGUCUCCGCGCGUUCGGUCGCCAGAACAUUGGCUCAAUCAUCCACUUCAUCGGGUACUAUAUGGUCGGUCUGCCCAUUGGUGCGUACCUCGGUCUCGGGCCCCCUGGCUGGGGUCUCAGCGGUCUAUGGGCUGGUGCUGCGCUCUCGCUCGCGUGCACGAGUGCUGCUGAGAUUGCGUUUGCCGCCACGAUCAAGUGGGAGGCCGAGGUUGAGCGUGUCCAGCUCCGCGAGGAGGACAUGAGCGACUCGGACGACUCGGACGACUCGGAGGACCCGCUCCUGGUCUAA